AAGUUAGUAGAGUUAUUAGUUAUUAUUCUAUCUCCCGCUAAUGUCAGAGUUUUAACAUUACGGUGAGAGGAGUUGAUGCGGGUUGAUUAGCUUGGUCUGUUAGCGCUGGGACAGUGAGAAGAGGCUUUUUGGAGGAACAUGCUAACACAUAACUGAACUCUGUCUGCUGUAUUCACUUUAUUUUGUUGCGGAUUAACCAUUUCUGUACACGCUGUUUCCUGACGCCUGCUCCUCCUGCAGUCUGCCGUCAUGCUGCCUCUGAAGGAGAAGGACAAACCCAUCGUCCAGAAGCUGCUGUCCGCCGGCUGCUGCAGCCGCUGCGUCCUCAGGUUCUGCUGCGUUCGGGUUCAGGCCGUCUACAGACGCCCACCACAGGAAACACUGAGGGAGCUUCAGGCUUUCAUCUGCAACACAGAAAACAGCAAAGACGCAUCAGAGUCCACAGAGGAAAACAACAAGUCCCACGAUGCAGCUGAAGAUCCACCGAGCAAAAGAGCUAAAGUGGAGCUCAGUGAGACGGAGGCUCGGUCAGAGGACGCUGCUGCCGCCGCCGCCGCCGCUCCGGUCAACCUGAAGGACCGAGAGUCGAGUGUGUGUGUGGUGUGUUUGGGGAUCCUGCAGGAACUCUGCGGCCCGACUCAGGCUGUGAAGAUAUCUGAGGCGGUGAAGGCUGAAAACUACGAGUUUGACUCCCUGGUGCUGUCGGUGUCUCUGCCCGCUCAGCUGUGCGUCCGCGAGCACUCCUGUUGGCUCCACGUGAAGAAGGAAGUGAGAGAGAAGGGUUUGGUGCUCGACAAGGACGACGUCAUCCAGGUGAAGGAGGCCUUCAAGUGGAUCAUGCAGGACCUGGUCGCCAAGGAGCUGGGGGGCGUCGCCGUGGUUACCAGGAGCGCGUUCGAGGUCAGCGUGGAGUUCAGCCACGAGGCGACGGACGCCGACUGUCACUUCCUUGCAUCAGCGUGUCCCGACUGCUUCAAACCCACCAAGAACAAACAGUCGGUGUUCACCAGGAUGGCCGUGGUCAAAGCUCUGGAACAGAUACCUGAUGCCAAAUUUCUGAGACUCUACUCUUGUCCUCCAGCGCAGCCGUCCAGCUGCUGCAGCCCUCCAGACGUCCAGUGUCUCCACGUGUCUGUCUUUGUAGCAGGGAGAUACAACAAGUUCUGUCGCAGCCUGCCUCAGACUCCCUGGGUGAUCGAUGGAGAGAGGAGGAUGGAGUCGUCGGUGGAGGAGCUGAUCGCGGCGCCCAUCCUGUCCGCCUUCAGAGCCGACGGUUUUAACUUCUCCUCGUCCGGCAGGGAGGACGUGGACGUCCGGACUCUUGGAAACGGUCGUCCGUUUGCGAUGGAGCUGCUGAAUCCUCACAGAUCCAGGUUCAACAGAGCGGAGAUAAAGCAGCUGCAGCAGACCAUUAACGAGUCUUCAGACAAAAUCAGAGUGAGAGACCUGCAGAUCGUCACCAGAGAGGCCAUGAGUCGGAUGAAGGAGGGCGAGGAGGAGAAGACCAAGUCGUACACGGCGCUCGUCUGGACCCAGAAACCCAUCCAGAGAGAGGACAUCGCCUUCAUCGACGACAUCAAGGAGCUGACUCUGGAUCAGAAAACUCCUCUGAGGGUUUUGCACCGUCGGGCGCUGGCCGUCCGACAGCGAGUCAUCCACAGCAUGAACGCCCGCUUCCUGGACCCGCAUCACUUCUACCUGGGGCUGAAGACGCAGGCCGGGACCUACAUCAAGGAGUUUGUCCACGGAGACUUUGGUCGCACCAAACCCAACCUGUGUGAGCUGCUGAAGACGGACACCGACAUCCUGGAGCUGGACGUGGAGUCUGUGGAUGUGGACUGGCCUCCUGCCAUACCAGAGUGAACGCCGAGCUGGUCCUGGAUCUGAGAGGCCACAGGUUUGAUGUCAGCGAGGCUGGAGCGGCUCCUGUCGUGGACGCGACAUCAAACCAUCCACCGCAGGUUCACCGAGCGUCUGAGACUGAAAGCAGAACAGUGUAAAUGCCGUUUGGACGUGAAGAAGGAAAGUCACACGUGAAGCCUGAUCUGUGUUUGUUCUGGUUCUGGUCAGACGUGACUCCAUCUUUAGUCGGAGCGCAGAAAACGUGACCUUGUUCUGUUGUGAUUAGUGUCACACAAGUUAUUUUGUAAUAUAUUCCCGCAGCCAUGUCAAUCUGUGUUGUACGGAAGCCCCUGAGGGACAAGUGAGAGUGUUUGUUAUUGUAAUACUCAUUUCGGCCACUAGAGGCUGCAGUGCGCCACCACUAGGACUGAAACCAUCCAUGUUUUCUUCCAGGAGAUUUAAUAUCUCUGUUCACUCUGUGAAUAUAUAUCCUGUGUUUACAAAUUCUAUAAUAUUAGCAUUGUAACUUAAUAUCAAAUUAAAUGAGUAUUACAGCAACAAACAUUUAUUUGUUGCACCUAAAAGGUUUCUUUUUUACAAGGAGAUAAAUUAACCCAAUGUCAUGAAAAACUGAGCUUUGUUAUGUCGAAAUAGCGAGCUAAUUAUUUCACUACUUUGACAUAACAAAGAUUGUUCUCUUGUAAUAAAGUGUUUUCUCAUCUUGAGGGUUUUUUCGAGAUAAAAUAACCUGUAAUCACAAGAAGCUUUAUUACGUCAGGAUCACAAGUUAAUUGUUUUGUUAUCUCGACAAGAUUUGGUUCCUCUUGAUUAAACAAAGCCUUGUUUUUCGCGAUAA